AUGCUCGCACAGUUCUUAAGGUCGCUUUUUCGAUUCCGAAAGACUACUGUUAGUGUUCUGCUGGUUGCCACGUACGUUGUGGUGUUCUUGCUGAACGUCUGGGAUAGAAUACGUUAUCAGUACUCCCUUCCUGAGGACAACAAGCACCACAAGCAGCUUCUGGAUGCGUCCUGGAUCGAUCUCCAGAGUAUAACCCGUAAGCCGCACCCUUACACCUCGAGAGAGAAUGACGCAGUUCAUGAUUUUCUGCUACACCGCGUAACAGAACUCGUGGAGGGGGCGCCUCAUGCUGAGGUUUCUGACGACUACAAAGAGGGAAACCAUCUCGUGUUCAAACAACCCGAUGUUUUCAACUCCUCGUCUACAGAGUCACGCAUAGUCUCAUUUGAAUCCUCCAACAUUGUGGUCAAAAUAACUGGUUCACAGCCUGAGUUGCCUGGAUUACUUAUCUCCGCGCAUUUUGACUCUGUUCCCACAGCUUUGGGAGCUACUGAUGAUGGGGUAGGGAUCGUUACGCUCUUGGCUCUAAUUACCCGCUAUGCUAAGAAGCAGCCACGCAGGACGCUUGUGUUCAACCUGAACAAUAACGAAGAAUUUGGGCUGCUUGGUGCGUCUGCUUUUCUUAAUCACCGCUGGCGCCCCCUCGUUGACUACGUUUUGAACUUGGAGGGUACAGGUGCCGGUGGAAAGGCAGUGCUUUUCAGAACCUCAGACACCAACACAGCAUCCAUAUACAAAAAUGCUGUCAAAACCCAACCUUUCGGAAAUUCCAUAUAUCAACAAGCUUUCUAUGAUAGGUAUAUUUCCAGCGAGACCGACUACAAGGUGUACGAACAAGCUGGACUUCGCGGCUGGGACAUUGCGUUUUACAAGCCAAGAGCUCUUUACCAUACCAUUAAGGACUCAACUCAGUUCACAAGCCAGGCCUCAUUGUGGAACAUGAUGCAUGCGUCAUUGCAGCUGGCUGAUUUUAUUGCUUUUGAAUCCUUCGAGGAUGAGCCUAAGGACCGCAGUCCUGCUGUUUAUUUCGACAUAAUCGGCACGUUUUUUGUCACUGCUAGCACGAAGGACCUGUUUACUUUAAACUGCGUGGUUCUAAGUGUGAUCCCAGUCAUUAUACUGGUCUUGGAAUUUGUUAUCCAAAGGCGCAAGACCCGUGAAAGAAAUCCACUUCUGGUUUGGUUGAGACUCCCGUUCAGUAUGUUCAUUUCAUACCUGGUAACUGCAACUUUCAGGUCUUCUUUGUUUCGUGUCAAUCCUUUGAUAUUCUCUCGUGACUAUGUCAGUCCAACUAUUGGGUUUUCAUUCACCUUUUUGAUUCUCAAUUAUCUCGUGCUGUCCCUGUUAGAAUAUCUAGCGCCCAGCCGGGACCUAAAGACUGUAUCCUUUGUCGAGUUGUUCUUUGGAAUGUGGAUUGCCUUACUAUGGGCCACAAUUCGCUUGUGCACAUCAAAGUACACAGCUACAGGUGUUUACCCUAUCACCGUUCUAUAUCUCCUGAUGUCUUUUGGCGCCAUUGUGGGCCUUGUGUGUUCAGCUUUCAAACGCAAGCACUCAGUGGUCAAGGCAAAAGACAGUGAGGAGACUGCCGCUCCCAACACUUACUCCAGCAUCGAAGAGUCCCCUCAGCAAGCUACAAACACCGAAGCACCGAACGAGAACUCUCCCGAGGAGCAUGAUGAGCGGGCACCUCUUUUGCGGGCCUCGAACUCCUCUCAGGUCAGCUCUGUCACAAAUGUGUCCGAGGCUCCAAGCUCGGCUCUUAAAGCAUUUGUUGUAUCUGCGCUCAAUUACGAUUGGAGCGUGCAGUUCUUGGCUGUCGUCCCCCUUGCCUCAUUCUUUGUCAUUAUGUGUUUGUCGCUAAUUUUGGACGGAAUUUACCAAACGUGUCAGGAGGGUUUCCAGGCUACAUGGAAUGUCUCUAAGAUCUCUAUGUUAGGUGGUAUGCUGCUGGCUAUCCCCGUCCUUCCAUUUUGCUACAAGUUGAACUACUUUGUCUCUAUGGUUCUGCUAUUUGCUGCUGCGUCUGCAGGAAUAUUCUCAUUUGAGAGAGCGCCGUUUACGGAAUCUUCCCCGCUUAAAUUACGCUUCUCGCAAGAGCUAAAUUUGCAUGACGAAUUGGGGUUCAGCACUGUGAACGUUUUCGGCAGGCAGGGAGCUGGAAUUGAGCAAAUUUUGCGUAAUAUUCCAAGCACUCAAAACGCACAUUCUAACGUGGAAUGCACGUCGAACGGUCAAGGCUCAGAAACAUGCAGAUAUGCAGGGCCUCGGCCUCACCUUGUGAGUUCUAGCUCAAUCCCAGAGCUUUCAGAUAUUUUAUCGAUCAAAGUCUUAUCCAAUAAUAGGAAGUCCUCGGGACGUUCUUCCUAUGAGCCAAUUAACGCAGAGUUGGUGAUCAAUGUCAAAGAAAACCGUCUAUGCACGAUCGGAUUCAAUUCUUCUCAGUUCGCGGAGCAUGAUUACGGGCAGUCUCCUGUGAAGCAAGUCACCAUAUUCGGUAACGCUCAUCAUGACAACCGUACAAGAAGCCAACUAUCAACGCUGGACGGGCUUUCUAGGGACGACGAGGAAAACAGAAUUUUCAAGUGGAAUCGGGGUAUCAACAGCCUGCAACUGCACAAACUCGACUUUGAGCGGAAUUAUUACCAUGUCGGAAUUCAAUGGAUGCCAACGAUUUUGAGCCAAGACGCAGAUGAGGAAUCAUCGGACGCGCUGGGCUUGAAAAUCCGCUGUUUCUGGGGAGAGUAUGACUCCGUGUCUAUCAUCAAUGGGGAAGUCAAGCGCAAGGUCCCCGCUCUUGACGAACUUCUUGCGUACUCGCCCAAAGAGGUCUCCUUCUCGAACAGAGAAGCAGGUUUGGUUAUAGUUAAUGAUUACAUUGAACUCUGA